AUGAGUUUAACUCUAGAAGAUCUAUGCACAAUAAUAAAAAAAGGUAACGAAGACCUGAAACAAGAGAUUUCAAAUGUAAGAAAGGAUUUAUGUUCUGAAAUUCGCAAAUUAGAACAGAAAAAUGAUAAAUUAGAAGUUGAAAAUAAACGGCUGAAGGAAAAAUUAACGGAAUUAGAAAGAAAAGCAAAAAAAUAUAACCUGAUAUUAUACGGACUUGAUGGGGAUGAGGCCGGGGCUGCUACUACCGGAAAAAUAUUAGAUCUUGUAAAUAACACACUCGGAAUUCCAUGUGCCAGAAGCGACCUUCGUGAUUCAUAUAGAAUUGGCAAGACUGUCGAUGGUAACAUACGUCCUAUAGUAGUUGAGGUCGUUAACCUUCAGUUCAAGUCUGAAAUUUUGAAUAGAGCAAAAGUGUGUAGUAGCGAACUCCGGGAAAAACGUGUCAACAUUGCCCUCGACUACACGAAGGAAGACUACGAGGAAAGGAAAUGUCUACUAAAACAUAUGAAAGCUGCCAAAGAGAAACAAUAUUCCGCGCGAAUAAAAAACAAUAUCUUGAUUGUAAAUGGUGAGGAAUUCUCAUAUGAUUACCUCAAGAAUAAGGAAGAUCAGCAGAUGGAUGAUAGCUCCAAAGUCAUAUCAUACAGUGCACCACCAACCCCAACAUUAGUUCCAUUCGAACUACUGUGUCACAGCUUUUAG